CAGACAUGUAGCCUACUGCAGGAAGAAAGGUGAUCUUCUGGAAAUAUUUUUACUGUCCUCUGAAGAUGAUUUGCUUCACACAGGAGAUUUUUGGGUGCUGCUGAAAUUCGGAGAUCUGGCAAAAUGGGGUAAUAACAUGACACCAGCUCUUAAGCAGCAACAUCUGCUGUGGUUCAAAGCCACACAAAGAAAGCUGCUUAAGCAGUUGAAUGUCUUGGACUGCACGGACAAGUGUGGUUCAACUGCAAGGUCUGCAAAGUAGAGGAAACUUAAAGUUGAGAGAAGUUGUUUAAAAAACAGAGUCGUGGAAGAUGAGCAUCUUUAAGAGACAAACAUCACCUUGCCCUCCAAACUAUCGAAGAUCUUUGUCAGAACCUGCUUAUGCAAAUGCAGAGAUAGGAACGAGCCUGAAGAGCUAUCCGUGGUGUGCUCCAGUGAGAAGCAAGAGAAAGGAAGGUGAACAUGCUGUUCCCAAUCUUGGAAAGCCACUGGGUGCCUAUCGGUGGCAGACGCGUCCCAGCUUCAGGUGGAAAGGUGGCAAAAACGAGAGAUUGCAAAACAAUAAAGGACACUUGGAUGAGCCACAACAAAGAGUCCUGCCAAAGAUGGCUGGUAAUAAUGAUUCUUCCUCUGCUAACAAGGUCCUUGGAACGUCAGCAGAGAAGAUGAACCUGGUCAACACCCAGUCCCUUCGGGUUCCAUUCGCCAGAUCUCUUUCAGAGCCAGAACCCCACUGCAGUAUCAGUUUUGUGAGGUCAGUGGAGUCUGAGCAGCAAGGAUAUUUCAUCCGUGGCAUUUUCUCUACUCUUUCCAAUGGCUUCUCCCGGAUGCUGAGUCUAAAAGGAGAAUCAACCAAUGAGCCAGUAAAAGAAGAUGUGAAAGGACCACCUACCCAUCGUCUGUCUUGUGGCCAGUCACCCUACAGUGAUACAACAACAUGGGAGCGGAAGUACUGCAUCCUCACAGACAGCCAGUUGGUGUUGCUCAACAAGGAGAAGGAGAUUCCUGUGGAGGGAGGACAGGAACAGCAGACAGAUUCUACCAAAGGGCGAUGCCUGAGGAGAACGGUCAGCGUCCCUUCCGAGGGUCAGUUUCCUGAGUACCCACCAGAGGGCGCCACUAAACUGGAGGUGCCGGCAGAAAGGUCCCCCCGCAGACGGAGUAUCUCAGGGACCAGUACAUCAGAGAAACCCAACUCCAUGGAUACUGCAAAUACCUCACCCUUCAAAGUACCAGGGUUCUUCAGCAAGCGCCUGAAAGGCUCCAUCAAGAGGACCAAAAGCCAAUCAAAGCUUGACAGAAAUACGAGCUUUCGGCUUCCAUCCCUUCGAAAUACAGAUGACAGGUCUCGUGGGCUGCCUAAACUAAAGGAGUCACGUUCCCAUGAGUCCUUGCUGAGCCCGUGCAGUGCGGUGGAAUGUCUGGACCUUGGUAGAGGGGAGCCCGUGUCUGUGAAACCGCUCCAUAGUAGCAUCCUUGGACAGGACUUCUGUUUUGAGGUUACCUACUUAAGUGGAAGUAAGUGCUUCAGCUGUAACUCUGCUUCAGAGAGAGAUAAGUGGAUGGAAAACCUUCGAAGGACAGUUCAACCAAAUAAGGACAAUUGCAGACGAGCUGAAAAUGUUCUCCGUUUAUGGAUCAUUGAAGCCAAGGACCUUGCCCCUAAAAAGAAAUAUUUCUGUGAACUGUGCCUUGAUGAUACCCUCUUUGCUCGUACAACCAGCAAGACCAAAGCAGAUAAUAUUUUCUGGGGUGAACAUUUUGAAUUCUACAGCCUUCCGCCUCUUCAUAGCAUCACAGUUCACAUUUAUAAAGAUGUGGAAAAAAAGAAAAAAAAAGACAAGAAUAAUUAUGUAGGGCUAGUCAACAUCCCCACUGCCAGUGUGACUAGCCGCCAAUUUGUAGAAAAGUGGUAUCCUGUGAGUACACCUACACCCAACAAAGGAAAGACAGGAGGGCCUUCUAUUCGGAUUAAAUCACGCUUCCAGACUAUUACCAUUCUACCUAUGGAACAAUACAAAGAAUUUGCGGAAUUUGUCACCAGCAACUACACCAUACUGUGUUCUGUCCUUGAACCAGUAAUUAGUGUGAGAAAUAAAGAGGAGUUGGCUUGUGCCUUAGUGCACAUUCUUCAAAGUACUGGCAGAGCCAAGGAUUUUCUGACUGACUUGGUGAUGUCUGAGGUGGAUCGUUGUGGAGAGCAUGACGUCUUAAUAUUCAGAGAGAACACCAUCGCUACCAAGUCCAUUGAGGAGUACCUCAAGUUGGUAGGACAGCAGUACCUCCAUGAUGCACUGGGGGAGUUCAUCAAAGCUUUGUAUGAGUCAGAUGAAAACUGUGAAGUGGAUCCCAGCAAAUGUUCAUCUGGCGAGCUGAUAGACCAUCAGAGCAACCUGAAAAUGUGCUGUGAGCUGGCUUUCUGCAAGAUCAUCAACUCCUACUGUGUUUUCCCUCGGGAACUGAAAGAAGUAUUUGCAUCUUGGAAGCAGCAGUGCUUGAACCGCGGCAAGCAAGACAUCAGCGAGCGACUCAUCAGUGCCUCGCUGUUUCUCCGUUUUCUGUGCCCAGCCAUUAUGUCUCCCAGUCUUUUCAACCUUAUGCAGGAGUAUCCUGAUGACCGCACAUCUCGGACUCUGACUCUAAUUGCCAAGGUCAUUCAAAACCUGGCAAACUUUGCCAAAUUUGGUAACAAAGAAGAAUACAUGGCAUUCAUGAAUGAUUUUUUAGAACAUGAAUGGGGUGGAAUGAAGCGGUUUCUUUUGGAGAUCUCUAAUCCAGACACCAUCUCAAAUACCCCAGGCUUUGAUGGUUACAUUGACCUGGGCCGAGAGCUUUCAGUUUUGCAUUCCUUACUAUGGGAAGUAGUGUCCCAACUUGAUAAGGGUGAAAAUUCCUUCCUACAGGCAACCGUGGCAAAAUUGGGACCUCUCCCUCGUAUUCUUGCCGAUAUUACCAAAUCUCUGACUAACCCUACACCAAUACAACAGCAACUGAGACGCGUCACUGAGCAUAGCUCCAGCCCAAAUGUCAGUGGAAGUCUCUCCUCUGGGCUGCAGAAAAUAUUUGAAGACCCCAUUGACAGUGACUUGCAUAAACUGAAAUCUCCAAGCCAGGAAAACACGGAUGGCUAUUUCCGAGGGAAAACAUUAUUGCUGGUUCAGCAAGCCUCUUCCCAGAGCAUGACUUAUUCUGAAAAGGAUGAAAAGGAAAGUAGCCUUCCCAAUGGCCGAAGCAUCUCCCUCAUGGACCUUCAGGACACUCGUGCUGCUCAGGGGGAGCAUGCGCCUGCUGUGCUCGAUGUGCCUAUGCGCUUGACCGGAAGCCAGCUCUCCAUGACCCAGGGGGCUGGCAUCAAACAACUGCGGGAAACCCAGAGCACUCCCCAGAGUGCACCCCAGGUGAGGAGGCCCCUGCACCCAGCUUUGAACCAGCCAGGCAGCCUCCAACCCUUGUCAUUCCAGAACCCUGUCUAUCACCUCAAUAACCCAAUGCCAGCAAUGCCAAAGGCCUCUGUGGAUUCCAGUUUGGAGAAUCUAAGCACUGCCAGUUCCAGAAGCCAAAGUAACAGUGAGGACUUCAAACUCAGCGGACCCAGCAAUAGCAGCAUGGAGGAUUUCACCAAACGUAGCACUCAAAGUGAGGACUUCUCCAGGCGGCACACUGUGCCAGACAGACACAUACCUCUUGCUCUGCCACGGCAAAACAGUACUGGGCAGGCCCAAAUCCGAAAAAUGGAACAGGCUGGGUUAGGUGCCCGAGCCAAAGCAGCGCCAUCCCUGCCCCACAGUGCAUCCUUGCGAAGCACAGGGAGCAUGUCUGCGGCAUCUGCAGCCCUGGUGGCUGAACCCGUGCAGAAUGGGAGCCGGUCCCGGCAGCAGUCUUCUUCCUCCAGAGAGAGCCCUGUUCCCAAAGUGAGAGCAAUCCAGAGACAACAGACUCAACAGGUCGGGGUUCAGUCUCCUGUGGACUCUGCCACAAUGUCCCCAGUAGAGAGGACAGCAGCCUGGGUUCUGAACAAUGGGCAAUAUGAAGAGGACGUGGAAGAAUCUGAGCAAAAUCAAGAUGAAGCCAAGCAUGCUGAGAAGUAUGAGCAGGAAAUUACCAAACUGAAGGAGCGCCUGCGGGUGUCCAGCCGGCGGCUGGAGGAGUAUGAGCGCCGGCUGCUGGUACAGGAGCAGCAGAUGCAGAAGCUGCUGCUGGAGUACAAGGCCCGGCUGGAGGACAGCGAGGAGCGGCUCCGCAGGCAGCAGGAGGAGAAGGACAGCCAGAUGAAGAGCAUCAUCAGCAGGCUAAUGGCUGUGGAAGAGGAAUUGAAGAAGGAUCAUGCUGAGAUGCAAGCAGUUAUUGAUGCAAAGCAAAAAAUAAUUGAUGCACAGGUCAUAAAUGGAGAUGAGAUUGUACCAACAGGAAAAACGGAUCGUGUCCCUGGAUUCAGCCAACACCAGACUCAUGAGCGCACUGACACAGGUGAAGGAGCGGUACAGCAUGCAGGCCCGCAACGGCAUCUCCCCCACCAACCCCACCAAGCUUUCCAUCACGGAGAAUGGUGAAUUCAGAAACAGCAGCUGCUGAUGGCUUUGCAACUGAACGGACUGGGGAGGGGAUGAAAGGAAAUAUCCCCACUCUCCUGUCCCCACCUUCUACUCAGCCCCACCAGGUUUACAGAAUGUUGCUAUUCCGAACGCCAGAGUGGUGGGAAAUUUUUGAAUAAAGAAAGGAACCUUGUCUUCAGGGCAUAAGGCUAAGACUUCCCAGGUCAAUGCUUUCCCCCAUGUCUCUAUGUACAUAGGGAGCUUUGUUCUGGGCCAUGUACAGUAAAUAGCACUGUAAUAUACCAAGAGGAAGUUAAUAAUGUAGAUUACCUUUUUAAUUAUUGCUAUUUUUAUUAUUGUUUCCCUCUUAGUGAAAGCACUGCACUCAUUAGAGGAGGAAUGUGGGAGCUGUGUGUGAGUGAGAAUCGAGCCUGGGGUCCAGGAGACAGAAACCAUGUGUCUGUCUAGCUGAUAGAGGCACAUGGAGUGCAAUAGGACUUUGUCAGAAUGAAUUUUGCAGGGAUUCAUCUGCCAGUUUAAAAACCCUUCUCUGACCCCCUUGUCAUUUAGGAAAACAUGCAAAUACCAAGAUCCAAACAAAAUAGUUUAUCCCAUUGGUCAAGACUGGCUCUGGAUGGACAUCUAAUCUGAUUUGGGGAUACACUGUUUCAGAGGACACAGAUAAGAGCCAUUGCAUCAAAACUGGACUUUAGGAGUGUUUUCUUUGAACUCCUGUUGAUGUUUAUUUCCUUCUGCCUAUAGCAGAUGGGAAUUUUCCAUUUUAGAUAGGGGCCUUAUUUUAAACCCCUGUUGUAAUAAAGGGUGUUCUCCUCUUUAGAGUUUACAAAACUAUAAAUAUUUGUGUCUCUUCAUACCAUGUUCAUCUUCAUAACCUGCUGCCCUUCCUGCCCUAUGGUGGGAGCAGUCAUCGCCGACAGGGUCACUCUCCCCUGGAGAGGUUAUUCAGAUAUGCUGUCCAUAAGCCAUCUGAAAUAAACACCCUUUCCUCCACACAGAAAAGGGCUAAGCAUACCAUAGCAGGCAUCCCCUAAUAUUUCCUUUGAAAAAAACACAUUUUCUAUGUAUAAGUUACAUUUUUUGUUUGGGAUAAAAUGAUUGUCCAUAAUACUAGCAAAUCUCUGGGUAAUUUUAUUUCAAUCUAACUUUUACUCCUUCCUCUAAUCCCCUCAGUGCAGUUUGGAAAGGAAAUCCAAAUCUGAAGCAUCACUCUCUUAAAAGUCAUGAUUACUUUUAUGAGAAAUAGGAAACAAGUGCAGGGACAGCAUGCCCAUCGUUAUUCCCCAUGAUCUUAGUAGCAUUGGCAAUAAUGACCCAGUUUCACCAGUUGUCAUCCUUGGCCUUACUGUUGGACAAAACAGUCAGUGGAAGGUAAUUUUACAUCCUUUUUCCAGAGGUAUGAAGUGUCAUCUUGAGUACACACUUAUCAGAAAUACGGAAGUUUCAUGUUAAACAGGCAUUAUAUAUAGAAAUACAUAUACAUAUAUAGUCACACAUAUGUACAUAUAACUGCACAAAUAGGAAAAGUUCAUGCCUUCUAUGCUGUCAGAUAUAAUGUUAAGAAGGUUGUGAAUCUCUUCAAGCAAAAUCUAAGUAGUUCUUUAUCUGGAGAAUGGAGCAGCAUUUCUCAAAUAAGUUAAUGAUGUUUAUUUUAAAUUACAAACUUUUUUAAAAAGAAAGAAAAGGGGAAGAGGACAAAAAGACCCAAGGAGGUCAGGGGGAGGGCAUAUGCAUGGAGUGAUAGUUUCUAAAUAACAAAAUAUUAUAAGGGAAUAAAAGAACAUUCUUCGUGUCCUCUUGGGUGAAAUCCAGACAGUGACACCAAGCCUGUCUUUUCACUGAGUAGAAGGCUUGGUCCUAACGUCUUGAGCACUGCCCUCUCUGGUGGAUCUUUGUGUUGGACCCUGCAUUUUAGCAACCCCACCGUGACCUUCCUACCUCACAACCUCUUAAGACGUUGCCCUUCAUAACACUUCCAUUUCUGCCAGUCAGAGAUCUAUACCAUUGUGCUUACCUGAUCUGCAGACCUCACACCUGCAUGUUUUGCCACCCACCUGUGUAUUUUCUUGAUAGUUACUUCACAAAUUCUUAUCUCUGCAGUCCCAAUCACUUAUUUUAAUAGAAAAAAAAUGAUCAAUUCUGUAGUGCCCUUUGUUGAGUAAGAGAGGAUAUAAGUAUAGGUCUCUUUUUGCUUGUGUUUUCUCAGCUCUAGCCAUAUUUCAUUUAUUCAUUGUAAAAGCCUUGAGUUUUGCCACAGAAAACCUGGUAAAAGAAUUGUCAGUUUCAAUGGCCUUAAGUAUGUAACAAGGGAGUUGUCUUGCAUUGAUGUUUGGAAGCUCUCGAGUGUUGGUUAUUGAUCACAGAGAACUGAUAAGCUUGCCUAUAUUGGGGCUUGGGGGAGACAAAAAACCAAUUGUGUUUUUGAUGGAUGCAUAUAUCUUAUUGGCAUUUGGGAGCUCUUUAGAGGGCUGCCUACUUUAGAAGAUUAAUUGCCCAAAAUGUUUGGAUAGAUUAUGCAGCCCUCUGUUACCAGGUUAUCUUGAAUGAAGAGAAAAGAGUAAAAAAAUAAAGUUAGAAGUUCAGAGUUGUUGCCAGAUGUUAAAUUCCAGAUUAUCCUCUGAGCCUCUUCCUAUCCAAAUACUUUUCUGAGUAUUUUUUCAGAGAAUUCUGCAAUCUAUGUAAUUUAUUCUGAAAGAUUUUUUUUUUUUUUAAGUUUGGAAGAAGGCCCCAAUAGCCAUUGGUUUUUGUGGUGAUAUUGCUUAAUCGGCUUUUUCUUCAGCCCAACAAAGUACAUACCUCAGUUUAGCUGGGAGGAGGUGCAGGGCUGAAGAGCAGUGGGUGGAGUAAGAUAGCCAUGUCUUCCUCCCCUCCCUCCACAUCACCACAUCGCGGGGUGCAGUGCAGUCCCAGGGAGAAUGGGAUCUGGAAUUCAGGUGAGGUGCUUGCCGAGUGCUUAGUCCUUGGCCGUUAACAAGGACAGUGUUGGGGUUUAGGAAAGAGCUUCAUAGCCCCCUUUGACAUCACUUUCUGGGCUAAAACAGCCACAGGAGUUACAUUUCCAUCAGAUCAUCAUAUGUCCUCAGUCUCGGCAACAGAAACCAUGCCAGAGGAGAGAUUAACUAGGUAACUGACAAACACCGAAGCACUCACUGUGUCCCAGGCACUAUCGCCAAGAUACUGGUGAGCUCCGGUGCCUUGAUAAGGGAAGUGUGGUAUGAUAAGGUAACCAUGUUGCAGUAGCUUUUUGCCUUUUUCACUUGGUAUUGAGUUGAUCAACACUAGCUUUCUUGGUCUGCUCCACCUUUCCCUGUGAUGGUGUUGGACAGUGAAAGAAAAAGUAGGAUUUCCUGUCUACAACUGCUGUAUGUGUAUAAGAAUGAACUGAACUUUAGAAGCAAAGCUUUUCAGUCUACCCAUGAUCUUAGCUUAUGAACAUGCAGUUCUGUCAGCCCCUGGCUGUUGCUCUGCCCUCAGAGGUACACCAGAUAGGAAGCAGUUCUUUUUGGAAGCCCCAGAGCAAGACAGUUGCCAUCCAGUGAGUUUGCGUUAGUAUUUGCUUUGCCUUCUAUCUAGCUUUAGUCCUAGUUGUCUCCAGUUUGGAGUGCCUAAGAAGGCUGGUUGGGGGACUGGACUUGGGGAAGGAACGCUCCUCACGAUUAGCUGAGUCCUAUGUGACCCUUAGCCCAGACUUGACACCAGACUGAGCUUGUCACUCAGCCUGACUCACCAGCUCCAGAGCUCCUGCCACAGCUUCACUGCAUUUCAGCUUCACCUUGGGAGGCCACCUUCUCCUAUAGAUUGUGGAAAGCCAUGGGGCUUUCUUUAUUCCCCUUCCCUUUUUCAAGUGCAGUAGUGAAAUCUCUUGCCUGCCCCUACAAUGAAUAGUAACCUUCCCACCUGCUACCAUGGAGCCGAGCAUUUGGGGUCUUUGUUUUUAACAAUAUGUCAGUUGGAACAACCUGUUGCACUAGUUUUUUGAAAAACAAAAUACAUUGGAGUGUUGAAUUUUUUAACAGAAUCUCUUUGUGUUUGAGUGUCAUUAGUUCUAGAAGCAUUCUCUUGUUGUCAUGAUCCUGUUUUGAAUGCUCUUGAGUUUAGAAAGGACAAAAGUGCUAAAAUUUGCCUGAGAUGGAAUAAAUAUCUCAUGAGGAGUGAAAGAACCUGAGGAAGAUACAUGAUCCAAAAGGGGACUAAUGCACAGGAGCCUUCUCAGUAGCCCAAAGGUUCAGGGAUGCAGGAAGAUCUAUAUUCUUGGCCUCCACUCUUUAAACAUAUAUGGAAAGACCACUUCUGUAGGCAACACAUGCAUACCCACACAAAACACACAGUUUCUAAGGCUUCCUUUUUCUGAAUGUUAAUCCAGUUUAGAGAACAGCAGUUUCCAGCUUUCCUGGGUUUUUUAGAUCUUAUGCUCACAUUUGUUAUGCUUUAUAACAGUGGUUCUUUCCUCUUUAGAAUGUACCAUAUGUGUUAUAUGUAUAUAUAAGUUAAAGUGACUUGAAAUUGAUUUGGUUUGACAUUGUGUCAAGAACCUAGGUAUCAUUAUUGAUACCAUGGGGAGUCGUAGAAGGAAAGUUGAGUAUUACUGAUCUGAGAGUAGAAUCCAGAAAGAAGUAGCUAUGGUUCCUGAUCAGUUUAUCCUCAGGUGUUUGAGUUACCAACCCCAGUAAGACUUGGCCAGUGCAAAGAGCCACUCAAGUAAAGCAAAAUGGCAGUUUUUGCCCCUAAUUCAGCAUUUUAAUUUCCUACUCAGUUCUUAUUUUUCAUUCAAAUGCCCUGACUUUUCCCUAGGAAAUUUUUUAGUUUGGGACUUAAAAGCAGAUUUCUUCUACGUUGCUAUAGUGAGAUUUCCACAGAAGCUGUGUUUUAGGGGUCUCUGUCAUCUGUGUGGAGGUACAAAUAGUUAUGUAUAAAUAUCAUAUUUAUGUCAUUUCUAAACUCCCAAGAGAAAAAUUUCCACUCCCAGUUCACCAAAAGGUUAAAUACUAAUUGACUCAAUGACCAUUAUCCUGCAGAAAAGCUGAAGUAAAUAGUAAAGGUUAAAUUUUGAGUGGUGCUUAGACAUUUCAUAGUUACAUUAAAGUUAACUCAAGCAGACAGCAGCACAUUAACCUGAAUCAUACCUAUGAGGAAUUUACCUUCUGAAUUUGAUUUUCAUCUCCAGGGCCUUAAUAAGAGUGUGUUAAUACACGUGACUGUUUUACAAUGGUAGUACUAAAUAAUUUAUUUUUUAUUUCAAGAAAGAGAAGUACACCUUAGAAAAACAAAACCCAAUUUUAUUUUAUUUUUAAAGCCAUAUUUUUGUGCUAGUAGCACUUAGAUUGUUCCAUAUGUGAGAUUCAUAUCUGCAUUUCAUUACCUGGGCUUGUUCUAAAGAAGAUUUAUUUUUGUUCUGUGAAUAAUUUUUGAUGCUUCUUGUACAUGUACAGAUAUAGAUAUGUUUGAGGUCUUUUAUUGAUAUUCCUACAAAGAAUACAAAUAAACUUUAACUUUAAACAUUUCAGA